AUGUACUCAUAUUCUAGACAUAGUUCUCGUUUAUUCAGGCACAUUCCCCUUAAGAAUGCACCCAUACCUAGAAAGUGUAAAUUCAACUUUGUAAAUAAAUCGUUUUACUCCAAUAUUCUGGAUCAUAGGCUUAAAAGUUCCCUGGAAUCCGCCAGAUUCAUUAAAAGUGUGAAUAAUAUUUGCCUUUUUCCCAGAUAUGAUCACAUCAACACCUUUUUAAAUAAGUACAAUGUCUCUUUCGCUACACAGUCCAUUAAUUUAUCCACUUCCUCGAACACUAUUGAGGUUUCUUCUGAGGACCAAGUCACUGAAAUGACCGACGAGGCAAUGUUUGUGGAGGAUAAGAUAUGCUCGACUGAAGUUCCAAAGAGCGAGUGCCCGGACGUUUUCGGCAAGUUCAAGGGGGAGCCCCUGCUUGGCGAGGAGUUUGGGGCCGUCUACACCAAGCACGAGCCCACGAUGUUCGGCGACUGGUCUCACAUGGGCCGCGUCACCGACUUUUAA